AUGGAAUGGACAGAUGAACAUCGUACGUUCGUUGCCCAAAUGUUUUUCAAGAAACAGGAAUCUGUGAUUGUAACACAACAUUUACCAAGUUGCGAACGUGCAAAAUGUCAUCAUUGUCAAGUGGAUUUUAUCGCUAAAAUGUGUCCGAGAACGUGUCAACCGUGCCCCAAACCAAUUGUUAAAACGCACAGCAAUAAAUUUGCGAAUGCUAAAAGGAUAGCACUUGCUGCAUCAGUUAGAUCAGAGCUGAAUGUAGACGAAAAGGUGCAAGUAUCAUCGCAGCAGCAACAGCACGCAACUAAUGCAGUCCCUCAACAACCACUAUCACUGUCACAAGCAAAAACCAAAUCCACUUUCACCACAAACAACAACCCUAUCAAUAAACAACUCUACCAAGAGCAAUCCCAACCAAACCAGCGAAGAAGUGUAACGACGACGACGCCAAGGUCGAUAUACACUCCAUCAGCAUCAAACACAACGGAACUUGCCAGUCAUGCUUCUUCUGCAGCACAAAAGCAGCACAAUAAUCAGUCAUCACUACCAACCAUCGAUCCUCGAAACCAAUCACCAUCAAAAGCACAACCACGAUACAAACAGCAAGCGGCAGCAAUUCACCAACGAAAUCAACAAGGACAACAGUUGCAGUCAUCUCCGUUUAUUCCGAACCAGUAUCACUACCAGUCUAUAUCCUCACCAUACCAAAACCAGAAUCAACUUCCAAAUGAACCACAACCUCAGUUCCAGGCACAACAAAUCACUGCUUUCCCCGUGUACAAUCAAGCAUCAUUACUACAGCCUCAGCCUCAAUCACUACUAUUCAAUAAUCCAUUCAAAGCAUUCUUUCCUCAACCACAAUCAUUCGAAGAUACUCUUCAUCGGGCAGUCACACCAUCACCCCUUUUCACUCCAUUCACGUUCCCUACUUUCGCACCCAUUCCAUUUCUUCAGGUGACAGCAGCACCAUCACCUCAAAAGACAGCUCUUCAGCUGACACAAUCGCAGUCUGCAUCAUCCUUUCUACCAUCACCGUCCUCACUUCAACUGCCACCUUUCAAUCAGCAAGUGUCAGCACCUCAUAUCCCUCCACCACCCCCUCCACCCAUCUCUUUACUCAAUCAGUUCCCAUUCAAUCAAAAUCAAUUCCUUUCAUCACAAUCUCAACCUCAACAAACAUUCUUCUCCCCACAGCAAAUAUUCCAGCCACAACUUCCUCAACCACCAAUUAUACAACCACCCAAUCAGCCAGCAAUCAAUCAACAAAUACCCCAACUUGUAUCAUCAAAUUCACAAACAUCUCAACAGCAAAUUAGUGUCACUCAGCAAACACCGUCAAUUGCUGCCGUAAACGUACCACAAGAAAUCGUAUCACCUUCUCGAAUCGAAACCAACAUUGAUCUUUCAAAUAUCAAUAUUGAGAAGACUUUCUAUUCAACUGGUAAAGAAAAGCCUAUUCCUAUAACACAGUGUCCACGACAACCCAACUGGGAACCGUGCAUCCCAAAGGAUUUAGCCAAUCAACGAUUCAGCAGUUGUUGUCAGCGGCUCGGUGAGGGAUGUGCGGCUCUGUGCAAUUACGACGCCACACUUACAACGAUUCAAUUGGCCGUUUUGACAGGACGUUGUCCUCUCAGUAAAGUUGGAGACAUGAUGAUAUGUGCGAGUGGCUAUGAGGACGCAACACCAUGCUGUCAAGCGUUCAAUGUAUUCGAACCUGGAUUUGAACAUUGUCGACCAUACUGUAACCCAGCUGCUGGCCUUCCGCAAGGUGGAUUGCUCAGCGAGCAGUACAAAUGCCUCGGGAAACUCUCUCAAAUUCAGCGAUGUUUUUAUAUCAGUCAAAGACCCUGA